GCCGGUGGAGCAGCUCGCGCGCCGUCAGACAGCUUCAGCGACGAGGAGGCGGCGCGCGCGCGACUCACGUGUGGAGCGGGGAAUGCAGCUCGCGAGCGUGUCACCGGAUGUGCGCGAGCGUUGGUGAGAGAAAGACAGAAGCGGAGGAAGAAGAAGAAGAAGAAGGAGGAGAAGAAGAAGAAGAAGAAGAAAAGGAGGAAGAAGAAGAAGAGGAGCGAUGAAGAAACACCUGAGUCCCGGCAAACAGCAGCAGCAGCCGCCGCCCGCCCCGGCCGUCAUCCCGGCCCCGAGCACCGGGGAGGUGACGGUCCAGCAACUCAACGAGAUGCUGGCGGACGAAAGCGGCUUCUACAGCCUGCCCACCCAGCACUUCAACGAGGUGUUCCCCAGGAUCUACAUCGGGAACGCGUUCGUGGCGCAGAACGCCAUGCGGCUGCAGAAACUGGGAGUGACGCACGUCCUCAACGUGGCCGAGGGCACCUCCUUCAUGCACGUCAACACCUGUGCCGAGUUCUACACCGGCACGGGCAUCACGUACCACGGCAUCAAGGCCAACGACACGGAGAAGUUCAUCCUCAGUGCCUUCUUCGAGGAGGGGGCGGAGUUUAUCGACAAGGCCCUAGCACACAAUAACGGAAAAGGGAAGGUGUACGUGCACUGCAGAGAAGGCUACAGCCGCUCCCCCACCAUGGUGAUCGCCUACCUCAUGCUCCGCCACAAGAUGGACGCCCGGCUGGCAAUGGCCACCGUGAGAAACAAGAGAGAGAUCGGCCCCAACGAGGGCUUCCUCCGCCAGCUGUCCCAGCUGAACAACAAGCUGGCGAAGGAGGGCAAGCUGAACGGCGAGGUGGGAAAACUAAAGACCAAAUGAUAUUAAGAGACCCUCCUCCCCACCUCCGUCUCCUCCCAUCAUGCCUUUCACAGGCCUCAGCUGCUCACGGAGACUAACCCCCCCCCCAGACUAAACCAGCACUCAUCUGACCACCAGGGGUAUUAUUCAGAAUCACAGACAUACAUGCAUCGUUCUGUGUAGAUAAUUAAUCCUCAUUCACACACACACAUGUACACGCUGUUUCUUUUCUGAAUCUUUGGUCCACGUCUCCCUGCCACUCAGCGGGGGGGCAUCCGUCCGUCCUCUGCCUUCUCUGGACAAAGAGUGUGAUCUCCAAUACUUCAAAC